AUGACCAAGAAUGGGCAUUUAUUUCUACUGACAAAUCUGAAAAUUGUUAGAAAACAGUCUGCGGAUCGUUCAAAAAACAGAAUCAUAUUUCAAGCAUUUGCCAUCAACUUCAUAGUUAUCUUAUACUAUUACGGAAUGGCAUCUGAAAUUCGCCAACUUAGAGAUAAUCACCUUGACUUCAUCCAACCAUAUGUAAAUAUUAGAUCGGAUCUAUUUAUUGCUCCUAAAUAUAAGAUUUUAUCAUGUGGAAUUCGAAAAUCGAUGUCCCAACUUUUAAUCAAUAUAAUGUGCUUACUACACAAUGAAACAGAGUUUCAGAACCAAAAUCGAUCUUUAAAUGAUACGUGGAUGUCUGAAAGAGUAUGCUCUCACAAAGAUCCAGAGUUCCACAUUCCUCAAAAAAACGUGGAACAAUAUCAAAAUCUCACAAAAUUUGCGUUCAUCCGGGAUCCCUUUGAUAGAUUCAUCUCAUUCUAUUUGCACGUUUGUAAAAAUGACAAUGGAUGCUGGGAUUGCGGUGACAAUAUGCGAUGUGUUGUGAGAAAUGUGUAUAAAAGUCUGAAAAGUUAUGAGAAUGACCCAGAUGAAGCUUCGUCGUCUUCGAUAGACAGACAUGCCGCGCCAAUUACAUGGAACUGUAACUUCCAAGAAACCUUCUCACAAUAUCACCUCAUUAAAAUUGGCUUCGACUAUCAAAGUAGACAUGCUGCAAUUACUCAACUCACAGAUAUUCUAUACACAAAUCGUGUUUCUGACACACUUAUUACCAAGAUCUCAAACGAAUCAAUGACUGGUGAAACGUUACAUGGUACCCACAAAUCAGUGGGAAGAGUUCAGGCUGAACAACAAGUGAACGAGGAUUCUGUAGUCCGAGAGUAUCUUCACAAAAUCUACUUCUUUGAUUAUUUGAUCUUCAAUUUUGAUACAAAUCACUUGGAUGAUGAAUAUAAACAACUAUUAACAUCAUGGAAACUUUUCAAAUAA